CGCACCCCGGAGCCCCCCAUGGCCCUCAUCAUGGAGCCCGUCAGUAAGUGGUCGCCGAGCCAAGUCGUCGACUGGAUGAAAGGUCUUGAUGAUUGCCUGCAGCAAUACAUAAAGAACUUUGAGAGAGAGAAGAUCAGUGGUGAUCAGCUGCUACGUAUUACUCACCAAGAGCUGGAAGAUCUUGGAGUCACAAGGAUUGGCCACCAGGAGCUUAUCUUGGAAGCUGUGGACCUGCUCUGUGCACUGAACUAUGGUUUGGAAACAGAAAAUCUGAAAACUCUUUCUCACAAGCUGAAUGCAUCUGCCAAAAACCUGCAGAACUUCAUCACUGGGAGGAGGAGGAGUGGCCACUACGAUGGGAGGACCAGCCGCAAGUUACCCAAUGACUUUCUGACCUCUGUAGUGGACCUGAUUGGAGCAGCCAAGAGUCUGCUGGCUUGGUUGGACAGAUCUCCUUUUGCUGCUGUCACAGAUUAUUCAGUAACAAGAAACAAUGUCAUACAGCUCUGUCUGGAACUAACAACAAUAGUCCAACAGGAUUGCACAGUGUAUGAAACAGAGAAUAAAAUUCUUCACGUGUGUAAAACUCUUUCUGGUGUCUGUGACCACAUCAUCUCCCUCUCUUCUGACCCACUGGUCUCCCAGUCUGCCCACCUGGAAGUGAUCCAGCUCACAAACAUCAAGCCAAGCGAAGGGCUGGGUAUGUACAUUAAAUCCACAUAUGAUGGUCUCCAUGUAAUUACUGGAACAACAGAAAAUUCGCCUGCAGAUCGGUGCAAGAAAAUCCAUGCUGGGGAUGAAGUGAUUCAAGUUAAUCACCAAACUGUGGUGGGGUGGCAGUUGAAAAAUUUGGUGAAUGCACUGCGAGAGGACCCGAGUGGUGUUAUCUUAACUUUGAAAAAGCGACCUCAGAGCAUGCUUACCUCAGCACCAGCCUUACUGAAAAAUAUGAGAUGGAAGCCCCUUGCUCUGCAGCCUCUUAUUCCUAGAAGUCCUACAAGCAGUGUUGCUACUCCCUCCAGCACCAUCAGCACACCUACCAAAAGGGACAGCUCUGCUCUUCAGGAUCUCUACAUCCCUCCUCCUCCAUCAGAACCUUAUGUUCCAAGGGACGAGAAGGGGAACCUCCCUUGUGAUGAUGUGGGCAGGCACAUGGUGGGCAAGCCUGUGCACACAGGAUCUGAAUCUCCAAACUCCUUCCUGGACCAGGAGUAUCGGAAGCGCUUCAACGUGGUCGAGGAGGAUGCAGUCCUCUACUGCUAUGAGUAUGAGAAGGGAAGAACAGGUGGGCCUGGAAGGAGAGAGAGCACACCAACCUAUGGGAAACUGAGGCCUAUUUCUAUGCCAGUAGAAUAUAACUGGGUGGGGGAUUAUGAAGAUCCCAAUAAAAUAAAAAGAGAGAGUAGGAGAGAAAACUCAUUGCUUCGCUACAUGAGCAACGAGAAAAUAGGGCAGGAGGACUACAUGUUCCAAAGGAACAGCAAAAAGGACACUGGGAAGAAGUCCAAAAAGAAGGGGGACAAGAGCAGCAGCCCAAGUCACUACUCCCUCUUACCCAGCUUACAGAUGGACUCGUUGAGACAGGACGUGAUGGGCACGCCUGGACCAGAACCUGCUUUGUACCAUACAUUCCAGCAGUCUUCUCUACAGCAGAAGAGCAAAAAGAAGAGCAAAGCUCCCAUUCCAGGCAAGAGCAAAAGGCGGAUCUCGUGCAAAGAUCUGGGUCGAGGAGACUGCGAAGGCUGGCUCUGGAAAAAGAAAGAUGCCAAGAGUUAUUUCUCCCAGAAAUGGAAAAAAUAUUGGUUUGUCCUGAAGGAUACAUCUCUGUAUUGGUAUAUCAAUGAAGAGGAUGAAAAGGCAGAAGGAUUCAUCAGCCUGCCCGAGUUUAAAAUUGACAGAGCCAGUGAAUGCCGCAAGAAAUAUGCAUUCAAAGCCUGCCACCCCAAGAUCAAAAGCUUUUAUUUUGCUGCUGAGCACCUAGAUGAUAUGAACAGAUGGCUAAACAGAAUUAACAUGCUGGCUGCUGGCUACGCAGAAAGAGAGAGGAUCAAGCAAGAGCAAGAUUACUGGAGUGAGAGUGACAAGGAGGAAGCAGACACUCCAUCAACACCCAAACAGGACAGCCCCCCACCCCCCUACGACACCUACCCACGGCCUCCUUCGAUGAGCUGCACCAGCCCGUUCGUGGAGCCCAAGCACAGCCGCCUCUCGUCCACGGAGACCUCGCAGUCGCAGUCGUCGCACGAAGAGUUCCGGCAGGAGGCGGUGGGCAGCGUCACCGAGUCGCCGGUGCGCAAGACGGCGAGCCAGAGGCGCUCCUGGCAGGACCUCAUCGAGACCCCCCUGACCAGCUCGGGGCUCCACUACCUGCAGACGCUGCCGCUGGAGGACUCUGUCUUCUCCGAGGUGGCCGUGGUGUCCCCCGAGCACCGGCGGCAGUCCACCUUGCCCACGCAGAAGUGUCACCUGCAGGAUCACUACGGCCCCUUCCCGCUGGUGGAAGGCGAGCGGGUGCCGGUGCUGAACGGCAACGGCGGCAAGCCCCGGAGCUUCACCCUGCCCCGGGACAGCGGCUUCAACCACUGCUGCCAGAGCCUGGCCCUCGGCGCCGCCGAGCACCACGAAGAAGCGCAGCGAAAGGAAGUGGAGGAGGAAGAGGACGAGGAGGAGGAGGAGGAGGAAGAAGAAGUAAGCAAAGCAGCAGAAGAAAGCCCGGAAGAUAAAAAGUCCCCAGGAAAUCUCAGCAGUGGAGGAGAAGCCAGACUCAGUUUGAGUUCCAUAUGAGCAUUGCUCACCCUCUGCCUCUCUGGAAACUCCUUUUCCACUUGCUGCCAUGGGUGGAGUAAAUGGCACCGAUGUUUCCAUCUGGGAUGCUUCCCACCUUGUGCCUUCUGUCACUGAGACAACAUUUCUUGUCUGCUUCCCAGACCUUCCAUGCUAUGCUCAAGAGUAAAAAGGCUGCUGCUUGAUAUUUGCCUUCCUUUCUCAGCCUAUCUUGUGGGGAAGGGGAACAAAACCCCCCAAAACAACAGCAACAAAAAAAGCUUCUCUUAAACAAGUGUUGCUGUUUGGGGUUGAAUUUCUCCUUCUUUCUGUCCUGCACAACCAAACUCUCCCCCCAAAAUGUGGUGUGGGGAUUGUGGGUUUGUUUCCAACAGUAAAACAUUCCCCCCCCUCAGCUUUUCCCAGCUGGGAUCUAAACCUUCAAUGGAUGUCCAGAUCUGUGGUGUUUGUCAUUAGAGAGAGAUGUAGUGGUGGCUAAUAGAAUAGGUGAUGUGCUGAGAGCAGCCAAGCUUUUGGAACCAGCCUCUUUGUGUGUGUGUGUUCACAUCCAUGAGCCAGCAGUGUGCACUUGCAGCCCAGAAAGCCAACCAGAGCCUGGGUUGCAUCAGGAGGAGUGUGGCCAGCAGGGUGUGUGUGUUCACACAGAGACUCUGGAGUUCUCAAGAGCUGGGGUUUGGGGGGUGUUAGCUCAGUGUGGUUUCCUAGCUCUGGGUUUUCUCCUUAACCCAGCCUUGCACAACAUUGCAGUGCAGCUAGGAUAAGGAAAGGGGAGAGAUGGAGUUGUGCCACCUCUUUUGCUUCUUCGUGCAGAAGUUGCCAGCAGGGUAUUUGUCCUCACAGAAUGAUCAUUGCUGCCUGCAGCUGCCUGCAGGGAGGCUGUAGCCAGGUGGGGUUGGGCUCUGCUGCCAGGCAGCCAGCACCAGAACAAGGGGACAGAGGCUCAAGCUGUGGCAGGGCAGGUCUAGGCUGGAUGUUGUUA